AUUAUGUCGCAAGAAGUCGAGGAAACUUUAAAGCGCAUACAAUCUCAUAAAGGCGUUGUCGGGACUAUUGUGGUCAACAAAGAAGGCAUUCCAGUUAAAUCUACCCUAGAUAAUACCACAACAGUUCAAUAUGCUGAUCUUAUGAGUCAAUUGACCGAUAAAGCACGCAGUGUGGUGCGUGAUUUAGAUCCAUCUAACAAUUUGACAUUUUUACGAGUACGCUCGAAGAAACAUGAGAUUAUGAUGGCACCUAACAGAGAUUUUAUUUUGGUUGUGAUACAAAACCCAACCGACUAAUUUCUCUUAGAUCAUUCUCUUAUUGUCCCUCAAUUGCUAGCUAAGAGAAUUAAAUUAGAAAUCAAACCAUGUAAUUGGAAAAAUCAUUAAUAAUGAGAUACAUUUAGAUACAUUUAUGAAUACAGACGUAUACUACUUGCAUUCUAUUAAUGAAAGAGCAUAACAACGAUUUGCUCAACCACUGUAUACAGAUGGCAAGAAAUGUUUCAUCCCAAUCAUCUUGUGAAACCUGAUA